GGCGCCGGCCCGCGCGCCCCUUGGGGCCGCCCCCGCAUCCCGCUCGCCGGCGUCUGGCUCUCAUGAUGAUGAAGAAGAAGAAGUUUAAGUUUAAGGUGGACUUCGAGCUGGAGGAGCUCUCCUCGGUGCCCUUCGUCAAUGGGGUCCUCUUCUGCAAGAUGCGACUGCUGGACGGCGGCAGCUUUACCGCAGAGUCCCCCAGGGAAGUGGUGCAAGCAAACUGUGUUCACUGGAGGAAGAAGUUCUCAUUUAUGUGCAAAAUGAGUGCAAGUGCCGCCACAGGCAUCCUGGAUCCUUGUAUCUACAGAGUAUCUGUGAGGAAGGAAUUGAAAGGUGGAAAAGCUUAUGCAAAGCUGGGCUUUGCAGACCUAAACCUGGCAGAGUUUGCUGGAUCAGGAAAUACCACUCGUCGCUGUUUACUGGAAGGCUAUGAUACCAAAAAUACAAGACAGGAUAAUUCCAUUCUUAAAGUUUUGAUCAGUAUGCAGCUGAUGUCUGGUGACCCGUGUUUUAAAACGCCUCCUUCUACAUCGAUGUCUAUACCCAUUGCUGGUGAAUCUGAAUCUCUGGAAGAAGACAGAAAAGGUGGAGAGACUCUCAAAAUCCAUCUUGGAAUAGCAGAUCUUUCAGCAAAGAGUGCCUCUGUUCCAGAUGAACUUGGCGCCUGUGGACAUUCUAGAACAUCAAGCUAUGCAAGCCAGCAGUCAAAAGUAUCAGGGUAUAGCUCGUGCCACUCCCGGUCAUCCAGUUUUUCUGAGCUCUGUCACAGGAGAAACACCUCAGUGGGAAGCACAUCAACGGGAAUUGAAAGCAUUCUAGAGCCGUGUGAUGAAAUUGAGCCAAAAAUAGCCGAAACAAACCUUGAUCCAGCCGGCAAAGAAGAUACCGCUUCGGAAAUGCUCACCAGAUGCCCAGUGAAGCAAGAUUCUGUAGAAUCUCAGCUGAAGCGAGUUGAUGACACCAGAGUGGAUGCAGAUGAUAUUGUGGAGAAAAUACUACAGAGUCAAGACUUCAGCCUAGAUUCCAGUGCCGAAGAAGAAGGCCUGAGGUUAUUUGUGGGUCCUGGGGGAAGUACCACCUUCGGCAGCCAUCAUCUUCCAAAUAGGGUGGGGUCCGGAGCUUAUGAACAAGUUGUGAUCAAACGCUAGAAGUCAAGCUGGUGAACUGAAGCUUCCCCGGGGGUUGAGACGUGGGCAGUCAAGCCGUCGAGGCACUUCGUUCAAGCACUUAGGAGAAAAUGAGCGUAUUUUACAAAUGAAGCACGGUCCUCUAUUAAGAGGAAAGCCAACACCGAUUUCUUCUCGGAAAGUGCCCACCACUGCCCUGUCCCACCCACGAAAAGGGAACAUCAGAACUGUAGCAUCCAGGUGCUGGGCCACCUGUCGCUAGCCGCAGACGGCUUCCGCGGUCACUGCAUAGGAUAAUGAAAAGCCUGCUUUUUCUUUCCAAACAUCCAGGUGGGGAAAGCAACACUAUACAUCUGAGUAUAGCUCCGUGCUGAAGUAUAAAGUCUGUAGUAGAGGCGCUCAGCAGGUUUGGGCUCUAAUUAUUUCAUUUUAAUGUUUGGGAGGUAAUAAGUGAAUCAUGUGGACCCUAUAAAUUCUAUCAAGAUAGUUAUAACCUCUUAAGGAAAUCUCCCAGAUUCCACCCUACCUAUAGUAUUGUACUGUUUAGUAACUUUUCUUGAUUAAAUAAUUGAUACAAA